AUGCCAUGGCGGAUGCCUCUGUACGUGUCAUGGCGGCCGCCUGUGCCUCGGUACGUGUCAUGGCGGCCGCCGGAAGCGGAAGAGGUUGCGUCACAGGCUGCGCCCUCUCUUCCGCGUGGUGGUGGUGGGGCCCGCAGGAUGCUGGCGCGGGGCUGGCGGCGGCUCUUCACGGGGCGGCUGCUGCUGCUGACCAACACGGCGAGCUGCGGAGCCAUGCUGGCCACCGGGGACGUGCUGCAGCAGGCCUGGCACUGCCGGCGGCACCCGGGCACCGACCUACAGCCGGCGCGCACAGGGCGGAUGUUCGCCAUCGGCUGCAGCAUGGGCCCGCUCAUGCAUUACUGGUACCUGUGGCUCGACGCUGCCUUCCCGGCGCGGGGUGUGAGGGGGCUCAGAACCAUCCUCAAGAAAGUCUUCAUGGACCAGCUGGUGGCAUCGCCCGCCCUGGGCGCCUGGUACUUCCUGGGCAUGGGCACGCUGGAGGGGCAGGCUCUGAGGGAGAGCUGGGAGGAGCUGAAGGACAAAUUCUGGGAGUUUUACAAGGCUGACUGGUGCGUCUGGCCCGGGGCUCAGCUCAUCAACUUCCUCUUCGUGCCCCCCAAGUACCGGGUGAUUUACGUCAACGUGGUCACGCUGGGCUGGGACACGUACCUCUCCUACCUCAAACACAGGCCCGGCACCCCCCCGAGCACGGAGCACAGCCAGCGCAGGGCCGGGAUGUGAAGGAGCUGCUCUCAAUGGCAGCGUUUCCAGAGGCUUCUCCCCAUGAGCCCCUGGCGUGGGGAGGAGCUGCUGCAGCUCCGCUUUGCCCCCUCCGGACAGGUUGAUUUGCCCUUCUCCAGAGCAAGCCUGGCCCUUUGCUCCGCUCCAGCGCCUUCCUCUGCUCCUCUUCUGGCUGCUUGGCAAAGAGGACGCUGCCCCUUUGGAACCUCAGCCCGU